AUGUCUGACGAGCCGGAUCUCCCCAAAGCUCAGGGCGGCGCAGCAUCCUCUCCCCACCAAGAGCGAGCCCCCAAGUUUUUCGACUACCUACGGGUCUUCAGCUACGCAACAAGAUGGGAUGUAUGCAUCUACAUCCUAGGCUCUCUAGCAUCAAUCGGUGCAGGCAUCAUGAUGCCGCUCAUGAACGUCAUUUUCGGACAGCUUGUUGGCCAGUUCACGGAUACGAUCAGGGACUCGAGUUCAUCUACAACAGCCGACGACUUCCAGAAGCUUGUUGACAAACAAGUACUAUACAUCAUGGGCCUGUUUUUCGGCCGCUGGUUCCUGAGUUCAAUCAACAAAUUCUGUUUUCGUAUAAUGGGUAUCCGUCUCUCUGCUGCCGUCCGCUUGCAUUACCUGAACUCGUUGUUGGCGCAGUCGAUUCAGGUCAUUGACUCCAUCCCGCUCGGCGCGCCUGCUACCGCUAUCACUGCGACCACAAAUACCCUGCAAAUCGGCGUAUCGGAGCGGCUAGGCACUAUGUUGCAAUCUAUCAGCACUGUUUGUGCUGCUGUCAUCGUCUCGUUUAUCUGGAGCUGGAAUAUUACGUUGGUGACGUCGUCGAUGUUGUUAUAUGUGCUGGUCGUCUUGGCUGUGGUCACGCCGUUGAUCAUCAAAGGGUUUAAUGCUAUGACGAAAGCGGAUGAAGAAGGUAUAGCGCUCGCUAGCGAAGCUAUUGAAGGGAUUCGUCUGGUCGCUGCAUGUGGUGCUCAGGAUCUUGUAGCCUUCCGGUAUAACGAUCGUGUACAAGAAGCGAGGCGACGGGUCCAGCAUACUGCGCCAUUUAUUGGGUUGCAGUUAGGUCUUAUUUUCUUCGGCGUCUUUGGUUCCUUCAGCCUGGCCUUCUGGUAUGGUGCUCAGCGCUACGCAGUCGGUGCAAUUAGUAAUGCCGGCGUGGUUCUUGUUGUGAUUAUGUCGGUCAUGAUGAUUUUCAUGGCAAUACAGAGCAUUUCGAUGCCGCUCAUAGAUAUCAGCAAGGCCAUAGUGGCUGCCCGGGACCUAUUUGUUGUGAUUGAUACGCCGCAGGCUGCCCCUGGUUCACUCAAGCCGGAUCUUUCAUCUCAAGAUAUAAUGUUUGAGAACGUCACGUUUGAGUAUCCGAGCCGCCCCGGAGUCACAGUACUUGAUGGGUUGAACGUUUGUAUCAGGUCAGGUCAGAACACGGCUCUUGUUGGCCCGUCUGGGUCUGGUAAGAGCACCGUUGUCGCUCUGCUAGAGCGAUGGUAUUCGCUGAAAACCCCCAACAAACUUCCCAGUGAAAGCAAGGGUGAAAAAUCAGAAACAGAUGCCAAAACUAAGAUUUCCGGAUCUAUCGCUAUUGGAGGCUUCGACUUGGAUGAUCUCGACCUCAAAUGGUGGAGAGGCCAUAUAGGUUUGGUCCAGCAGGAACCAUUUCUUUUCAAUGAUACGAUAUUCAAUAAUAUCGCCAAGGGCCUUAUAGGUACCCAGUGGGAAGAUGAGUCGGAAGAACGCAAGAGAGAAAUGGUUCGCAAUGCAUGUGCGGAGGCCUAUGCCGAUGAGUUUAUCACUCGCCUUCCAAACGGAUACGACACUCGUGUCGGUGACGGUGGCACAAAACUAUCCGGAGGUCAAAAACAGCGUCUCGCCAUUGCAAGAAGUAUCAUCAAGAAGCCUCAAAUUGUCAUUCUCGACGAAGCCACAAGCGCAAUUGACGCAAAGAGCGAAAAGAUCGUUCAGGCUGCACUUGACCGGCUUUCCAAGAAUCGCACAACUAUUACAAUCGCGCAUCGCCUCUCUACCAUUCAGAAAGCGGACCAUAUUGUGGUCUUGCGUGGGGGGCAAGCUGUUGAGCAAGGGACGCACCAGAGCUUACUUGCAAAUGAAUCGGGUGUUUAUAGUGCUUUGGUGCGGGCUCAAUCGCUUCAUUUUUCGAAUCACAAAACUGCUGAUGCUCCUGAACUUGUGACGGAUGACCACAAGUCUCAGAAAGCUGCUAGCAUUUCUCACCUAAUUGAAACUACUACCAGUCCGGAGACCGUCAAGUCGUCUCGAUACAUGUUACAAACCAUUGUACAACUCUUUAAAGAUCAGCGCGCACAGUGGGUUUCAUUUCUGGGCAUCGUCAUUUCUUCCAUGGCAGUUGCCGCAGGCACACCGAUCCAGGCAUGGCUCAUUGCAAAAGUCAUCAACAUUUUCCUAUUGACCGAGGCCGAAAUCAGACAUCAAAGUAACUUUUUGGGUUUGAUGUGGCUUGCUCUAGCCGGUGGCGUAGGUAUUGGAUACUUCUUCCAAGGCCUGAUCAGUGUGCGUCUGCAAUACUAUGUUAAUGCAGAGUAUAACCUGGAGUAUUUCAACAAUCUCCUGCACCAGAAGCUCGGCUUUUUUGAUGAAGAUGCCAAUUCUCACGGCACGUUGACUUCCCAGAUAGCUGGUGACGCAAAGCAAGUUGGGGAGCUCUUUGGUGUGAAUCUAGCAUUUCUGUUAUCGGGCAUAUUCGUCGUGAUCGGUUGCGUCGUUAUCUCACUGAUCUUCAGCUGGAAACUCGGCUUGGUAGCUUUGUUCGGCACCAUGCCAAUCUUGUUAGCUACCGGUUUCUGGAAAGUCAGAUAUGAGGUGCAAUUUGAGCAGAUGAAUUCAAUGGUUUUCAUGGAAAGCUCACAAUUUGCUACGGAAGCAAUUGGAGCCAUUAGGACGGUCUCUGCGCUCGGAAUGGAAUCUUCGAUUAUCACCAGAUAUCAAAAGCUGCUGAAUGGCCAUAUCCAAGAGGCAUAUCGCAAGGCUUUGUGGACUGCUGCUCUGUUCGGUUUUGCGGAUAGCGCUACGCUUGGAUGCCAGGCCUUGAUUUUCUGGUAUGGCGGAAAGCUUCUGAGUCGUGGAGAGGUGUCUCUAGAGGCAUUCUUCGUCUCCCUGAUGGCCAUGGUGCAAGGUGCAGAAGGAGCAGCUCAGUCCCUAGCAUUAACUCCAAACGCAACGCGGGCAGCAGCAGCGGCAAAACGUAUAUAUGAUACGCACGAUUCUAUUGUGAGGAGAUCCGACGAAGUGACUACCAAUGUGAUACCAAAUACAGACGGCGGAGUCGAGAUAGACAUACAGAACGUAUCCUUCAAGUAUCCAACGAGAGAUGUUUCUGUCUUCGACGAUCUAUGUCUUCACAUCAAGAAGGGGCAGUACGUGGCAUUCGUUGGCCCUUCGGGCAGUGGGAAGACAUCUAUAAUAUCUCUUUUGGAGAGAUUCUAUGAUUUGGAACCCGGAAAUGGUACCAUUUUAUGCAACGGCGUUAACAUCCAUGAUCUUGACGUCUAUGAAUAUCGAAAGCAUCUAUCGCUUGUAUCGCAGGAGCCGAUCUUGUUCCGAGGUACCGUGCGCGACAACAUCUUAUUCGGCGUCGCGAACCCCGACUCAAUUGCAGAGGAAAAGAUCCAUGAAGUUUGCCGCGAUGUCUUCAUCCACGACUUUAUCAUCUCUUUACCGGAAGGUUAUAAUACCGAUGUAGGGCAUAAGGGUAUCGCCAUGUCUGGAGGACAGAAACAGAGAAUUGCUAUCGCGCGGGCGAUGAUACGGAAUCCUAGCAUCCUUUUCUUGGAUGAAGCGACGUCAGCACUGGACUCUGAGUCUGAGAAGAUAGUGCAGGCUAGUAUCGAGAGUGUGGAAGGGAGGACUGUGAUUGCAGUUGCUCAUAGACUGUCGACGAUCCAGAACGCAGAUAUUAUCUUUGUCUUGGAUGAUGGUAGGGUGGUCGAGUCUGGGAAUCAUAGUGAGCUUAUUGAGAAGCACGGUAUAUACUGGGAGAUGUGUCGAAAUCAGAUGUUGAACCAGUAG